GUAUUAAAGUAAUAUAAAAAUGAUUUUAAAAUAGUGAAAAAAUAGAGUCUCUGCCUCCCACUGUCCCGCGCUCUGAGUGCACCUCUUGCACGCACAUUAUUAUUACGAUGUCAAACGACCUCUCUUGACUUGUCCGCCCGCACGCGCGCAAACACGCGGACUGGGAUUACAACAACUGGAGUGGCGCCGUAAGUAGCUCGUGUUUAUGUAAUGCCAUAUGUGACUGUGAGUGUAUAUGCGUGUGUGAGUGAGUGAGUGAGUGAGUGUGUGUGUGCGCGCGCGCGCAGGAGCUGGCGCGAGCUGGUCCAGCACCGCGUCUGCAACAGCGGUCACACGUUAAACAUCAGCGACCCGUGCGUGUUAUUCUGCGGAUUGAGGGCUCGUGAGAUUUCAGCGGUGCGGAUUUGACCCAUCAUAUAGGAGGGCGCUCGAGCUCCACCGUUUUCACGCACGGCACGCACGUAGACCCGGUGAAAUCGUCACGCGGAUAGAAUCUGUGGAAUCUGUCGCCAGUGUGUUCCUGAGCGGCCGGAGAGCAUCCCGACACAGCGCAAGGUCCGGUCGGUCGGUCGGUCGGUCGGUGUGGGUCGGUGUGUGCACCGCGUGGAAGGGAGGUUGAGCGGGACUUGCGCUGGACUCCUGGCCGAAUCGGAGCAUCCCACUCCCGGCAGCAUCCAUCCUUCCGCGCCUCAGCUCCAGCGGGAGGCCCGGAGUGGCGGCAGGAUGUAGCAGCGGAUUAACGGAGGAGAGAGGGGCGCUCAGAGGAAGAGAGCGGGAGCGAGCCGACCAAGGAGGGACGGAGGGGACAUGGGGAAGGACCAGGAGCUGCUCCAGGCCGUGAAGACCGAGGACUUGCUGACAGCUCAGCGGCUUCUACAGAGACCUCGGCCAGGGAAAGCCAAGCUCCUCGGUGCAGCAAAGCGGGUAAACGUCAACAUCCAGGAUGCAGAUGGGUUGUCACCGCUGCACCAUGCUGCUCUGAGUGGUAAUAAGGAGCUGAUCUCUCUGCUGCUGGAGGCCCAGGCAGCAGUGGAUAUUAAAGACCAUAAAGGGAUGCGUCCUCUACAUUAUGCUGCAUGGCAGGGGAAGACUGAACCAAUGAAAAUGCUGCUGAAGGCAGGCUCGUCAGUCAACGGACAGUCAGAUGAAGGACAGAUCCCCCUCCACCUAUCAGCUCAGCAUGGACACUAUGAUGGGUCGGAGAUGUUGCUACAACACCAGUCCAACCCGUGUAUCUCAGACUCAGCUGGGAAAACGCCAUUGGACCUCGCCUGUGAAUUUGGACGUGUCGGAGUGGUCCAGCUCCUGCUCAGCAGUAACAUGUGUGCAGCCAUGCUGGAACCGAAACCCUCCGACCCCAACGGAGUGUCACCUCUGCAUCUCGCUGCCAAGAACGGACACAUCGAUGUCAUACGAUUGCUGAUUCAGGCCGGUAUAGAUAUCAACAGACAGUCGGAGUCUGGCACAGCGCUACAUCAGGCAGCCCUCUGUGGGAAGACAGAGGUAGUACGCCUGCUGCUGGAUAGCGGCAUCAGUGCAGGAGUGAGAAACACUCUGAGUCAAACUGCCCUGGACAUUGUUAACCAGUUCACUACCACACAGGCCAGCCGAGAGAUCAAACAACUACUGAGAGAUGCUUCUGCUGCGAUGCAGGUGCGUGCACUGAAGGAUUACUGCAACAACUACGACCUUACCAGCCUCAACAUCAAAGCUGGAGACAUUAUCACGGUUUUGGAGCAGCACUCUGAUGGCCGAUGGAAAGGCUGUAUUCACGACAACCGCACAGGAAAUGACCGUGUGGGCUACUUCCCUUCCAACAUGGUGGAAGUCAUCAAGCGGGCAGGUUACUCCCCCUCCCAGCAGUGCCACACCCUCCUGCUCCGCAGGCCCAACCCCUGUCCCAUUGCCUCGGUCAACGGACACUCAUACCCCCCCUCCAAAGUCCUCCCCCUGCAUCUGCCUCCCCCUCCUCCCCCUCACCCCAACACACAGUCCCUUCCUCGGUUCUCCUCCUUUGGGUACGUUCCUCUUCCCAUCUCUCCUCCUUCUCUGUCUACUCCUCCUCUGUCCACUCCUCCUCCUCCUCCUCCUCCUCCUCCUCCUCUCUCCACUUCUCAGGAGCAGCAGAGUCAGACAGGUUCGCGGACUGCAGAGCCGAGUCCACAAGGCUCUCCAACUCUGGGACAGCAGAGCAGCACCAGUGAGGAUAUCUGGGUGCUACGCAAACCGCUGGCAGUUGGCGAGCGCAGUGGCAGUGUGGGCAGCAUCGGCAGUGUUCGGUCAUCAAGCAGCUUGCAGAGCUCUGGAAACACACAUGUUCUGACCACCCCUGCACCCAGUCCACACCCGGCAACCACACCAGGAGUCAACACACACGGUCUUAACGCUCCAGGCCUGCACGCACAAGCUGAAGGAGUCAAGCUCCUGGCCACCGUGCUGUCCCAGUCAGUAAAAGCCAAGGAGCAUCUCUUGGAGCAGUCGCAGUCUGUUGAGCAGUCAGCAAGCUCUUCCAGUUGCAUAGUUCAUGAACAGCGGUCGUUUGAGCGGAAGGCAGAGGAGGAUGAUGGAAAAAAGCAGGCAGUAGUGGCGUGGCUUGGUGAGUUUCAGCUGCAGUUCUACACCACCCACUUCCUCACCGCGGGAUAUGAUCUAGACACCAUUAGCCGCAUGACCCCUGAGGACCUGACGGCAAUUGGGGUCAUGAAGCCUGGACAUCGAAAGAAGUUAACAUCAGAGAUAAGCAAGCUGCCCUCCACAGACUGGCUGCCAAACCACAAGCCUGCCAAUCUGGCAGACUGGCUGUCUCACCUGGGUCUUAGUCAGUACUACCAGGUUCUGGUGCAGAAUGGGUAUGAAAACAUUGACUUCAUCUCUGACAUCAGCCUUGAGGAUCUGCAAGAGAUUGGCAUUACUAAACUCGGCCAUCAGAAGAAGCUGAUGUUGGGAGUGAAGAGACUGAAGGAGCUACAGAGAGGAGAAAGUAUCUCUGAGCCUCCUCAGAGCCCCUCUACACCUCCAUCUAGCCCGGGUGGCAGCACUGGCUCGGAGCCCCGGAGACAGGUGAAGAAGCAGAGGGACGGUGCCCCCAGCCCACUGGCCAAACCUCGCCCAGGUCUCGCACAUUCACAGACCCCCCCACACACUCCACCACAAACUCCCCCACAUGCCCGGACCCAGCAGGCCUCCCCCAGGGCUCGGCCGCGUCCCUCCACCCAGAUGGCGCCAGCAGAUUCGUCAGUACCGCUGCUCCGCCUGCCCAGUGAGGAGGAAGAGCGACGGAGAACUCACAGUCUAAUUGGCUCAGAAUCAGACUCUAGAUACGCCACUGUGUGCCGCAGCAGCUCCACACAUACUGCCGCCCCUAAUGAUGUCACUGUUAACCGCAGCCAAUCAUCUGUCACGCUCCGUCCCCGUCGGAAAGGUCGGCCCCCAACACCACCCAAACGGUCCUGUUCUUCCAUUACUGGGGUUGACGGAGAGGGAGAGGGACAGGUGGAGGGGCUACUAGGGCUGCCAACCUAUCGAGAGCGGCGAGCCAGUGACUGCGGCAGCCUGGGAUCAGCUUUAAGAUCUCAGGACUCAGCGGGCCUGGAGAGAUCAGAAGGGGCUUCUGGGAGUGUUCGCAGCCUCGCCGCUAUGCUGGAAACAUCCAUCGUGGGUGGAGCCAAAACCCUGCCGAGGAAUCUGGGAGGCAGCACCAACUACCUACAGGUGAGUCCGCCUACACUUCGUCGGCAGGCAGGCGCAGGAGGUCUUGGAUCUGAGGAUGAGGAUGUCUUAAGUCGGCGCAGGACCAUCAGUGGACUAGAAGGCCUCCCUAGUGAUCAGACUGACCUGUUACCUCGGCAACCAGCCCAGCAACGUCCGGAGCCACGGCCCCGCUCCACCGUAGUCUCCUCAGCAUCAGAGAUCACAGACGGCACAGCGACGCUCCGAAGGAAGCCACGUCUUCUGCCAACAGACUCUGAAACACCUGCAUCUGUGACUACCACUGUCGUUACCAUGACAACCGGCUCUGACACCAUACGCAGGAGACCACGCACGUCUGAGCAUACAGAAAGUGUCAUUGAAAGCAAUAACCAAUCAGACUCUCCCAGCAGUCAAACAGAUAGUAGCCGGAAAAACGGAGGCGAACCGCAGCAGAACGGCGGCGUGGUCCUGAGGCGGAGGCCCGUGUCUGAGGUCUCUGAUAGGAUGGAGACCAACAGAGAGAGCUGUGAGUGGAUGGAGGCUAGGAAGUCUCUGAAGCCGCCAGUCUCACCCAAACCAUCCACAGUCACCCUGAGGAAGACACAAGCUGACCCCCCAACCCCGACUCGCAGGGUCCCCAUACCCGGGCCUGAAAAUACUGAGCCGGCACAGAGCCCUGUGCCAGCAUGCCGUGGAAAAACAGUGAUAAAAGAGCCGAAACGUGUCCCUCCUCCUGUCUCCCCGAAACCUCGUGGGCCUCCAACAGCACCAAAACCAGGCAAAGCAAUAGUAGCUUCAGCUACCAGCCCAGCUGCAGGCAGCCCCACCCCGGCCCCUAAACCCUCCUCUCCGCUCUCUGCCGCCCCUCUUCCAGCUCCUGACACCCCUUCUGCUCCCUCCCUCUCUCCGGGACUCUCUCUUACUUCCCCUUCUCCGGCCCAGAGUCCCUCCACCCCCUCUCCACACCCUGUCAAACCUCCCCGCUCCUCCAUCGGCGGUCUCUCCAUCGACCUGCUGGGAGGACGGGAGUUGGAGGAGGAAGAGGAAAUGAGGAGAGAGGAAGAGGAGAGGAGGAGAGAGAGGGAGCACAAGAGGCACAAGGAGCAGGAGGAGGAGAAGAAGAGAGCAGAGGAAGAGAAUCUGAGAGAAAUGGAGGGUCAAGUAGAGGAAGAAGAGCAGGAGGAGGAGGUGCAGCAUCGUUUGGAGGAGACCAGUGCCUCCUUGGCUGCAGCUGUGCAGGCCGUAGAACAUAAAAUCAAAGAGGAGGACGCACAAAAUGACUCUCUUUCCAACAAGAAGACAACAGUCUCCAUCUUGGACGACAUCGGCAGCAUGUUUGACGACUUGGCAGACCAACUGGAUGCAAUGCUCGACUGAUCUCCUGCCCACGCCUCAUUUCCAAGAAGCGCUUUCCCUCUCCCCCAUCAUGUGUAGGUGUAGCAAGAAAACUCUCCCAAGGCUCGAUGCUGGCGCUCUUAGAGUGUGUGUGCGUGUGUGUGUGUCCCUCCUGCGUGAGCGCUUCUUAUGCAGCCUUGUACAGUAUACUGAGGAGGGAGUCCUCCUCGUCUGGUGCGGUAGCUCUAGUACGCCUCCCGAUGCGAGGAGGCCGCUCCCACACAACCUCUGACCUCUGCAGCCCAGCGAGUCACCGCCGCCCAGCCUCAGACAGCUGCGUGGAUCGAGAAGCACAAUAAUUUUCCUCAUCCUUUUAUCUCUACAGACUCUGGCUAGGACAGAGACAUUAACUCAGACAGACAGGAAGACAGACAGAUAAGCAUAUUGCUUGCAAAAAAUAAGCACAUAAACUGACUGACAGACAGGCAGAUAGACAUCUAGAUAGAUAGAGAAGAUGCAUACAGAUGAGAUACUGGAGAGAAUUUUUAAAAGCACGUGGAAAGACAGGCCGCUUUCUGAGUCUGUCUCACUCCUGCGAUGUCAAAAGGAUGCAUUUUUCCAGAUGAAUCGUAGCCUCUAUUUCUCUUCUGUAUGAGUGGAGGAUUGUGGUUAGCCAGACUUCCUGACCUGUAUGUUGUCUCUCUUCAUGUUGUCGUUGUUGCUGUUGUUGUUAUUGUUGCCGUUGUUGUCGUUACGAGUGUGUGUAGUCCCCUUGCUGAUGCUCAUGUCAAUGUCCUCCCACUCGUACAGUAGUUAUUCUAAUGAUCAGAACGACGAUAUAGAUGUGUGUCCAUGAAUUUUGAGACACUAACACACACACACACACACACAAAUGCACAUUACAUUGGUUGUAAUCUCGCUGGCUUUGUUGGUGUUUAGCUCCAUCAAUGGAGGUUUGCUUGGAAGUGAAUCUACACGUAUACAUACGCACAUUUACAUGCAAAGACACAUAUAUACAAGCACACUCAUGCGGUGUAACCCUUUGUCCUGCUGCAGUGAACAGUGUUUUUAAAAGAUAAUCCUAUAUUUCAAUGCUUUAUAUAGUACAUACCAGUAUACAUACAUAGAGUUUAUAAUAUACCUGGGUAUUUGAGCUGUUAGAGCUCUCUCUAGUGUUGGUUAGUGAAACUGCCUCUAAUCUGCCCACCUUCCAUCUUGUCUCCCCCCCUUUUUAUCUUCUCUGUGUCCCUUUUGUUAACUCUGCAUCUCUCUGUGCCUUGGUAGUGUUCUUUCAUAUAUUCAAAAUAUUUUUUUUUUGGUAUUUUUUCUUGUUUUCCACUCAUAAAAUGUUUAAUGUUUUUUCUGGUUUCUGAUAAACCCUCCCUCCUGGUGUGUGUGUAUGAUGUCAAAAGUAGAUAAUAGGUUGAUUUGUGAGUCCUAUAUGAUCCUUAAAAUCUCCCUGUCUGCAGUCCUCCUGUAACCAUUGAGAAGCCUUGUACGAGCCCAUAUAAGCCCCCCUGUAAGCUGUAAUAAAUUGGCUCUGCUCCUCCUCGGCUCCCCAGUUUUCAGUGGUCCCCCAUGUAGGCCAGACAGUGGAUCAACCACCUGUGUUCAUCCCAAUGAAGAGUCCACUUGUAUUUUUAUGCUCUUUGAAAACAAAGAUAUAUUUGAGAGACAGAUGCUCUAUUCUAUGUGAAUAAUAAUAAUGAUGAUAAUUAUAGACAUUGAAUUGAGGUGAGCUGAUUGAGCCUGUACAUUUAUGGUUGAGUUCUGGAUGUGUUGUGACGGCUGUUGUGCCAUGGUUGGGUUUAGGUUGUGUUUCUGCUGUGACGAUGCAUUCCUGUACAGCUGUGAUCAGAAUAAAUGUAUAAAUUAAACCUUA